AUGUCGUGGUACCCGCAGCUCCCAGUGUCGGAGUUCCCUUUCAUCAUUGCCUAUGCACCCACGGAGCCCAUUCUCCGUCUCACCAGGGCCGUCAUCCAGCCCAUCGGCGGGGUUGACAUCGCUCCCAUCGUGUGGCUGGCACUCAUCAGCUUCCUUAACGAGAUCCUGCUCGGGCAGCAGGGGCUGCUUGUGCUUAUAGCGAAUCAGGAGUCUCUGUUGUAG